AUGGUAGUUAAGAAGGAAUCCAAAGUUAUAAAAAAACAGAAAAAGAAAAAUGGAAAGAAGGGAAAAAUAGUUGUAAAGAAACAGAAGGUUAUGAAAAGUACCAAAGGAAUAAAGUAUAUCUUGGAUUGCACGAAGCCGGUAAAGGAUACCAUUCUUGACAUAAGCGGAUUGGAACAAUUUUUCAAAGACAAAAUAAAAGUGGAUAAAAAAACCAACAAUUUGAAGAACAAAAUAGUGGUAACCUCGGAUGACUGCAAAAUAUACAUUACUGUGCAUAUCCCCUUCUCGAAGAGAUACAUAAAGUACCUGGCGAAGAAGUACCUGAAAAUGCAUCAAAUUCGAGACUUCUUAAGAGUCAUAGCUAAAGGAAAGUUAGCCUAUGAGUUCAAAUAUUUUCAAUUGAAUAAUUAA